AUGAAAGUCCUGGGAGGACUGGCCUUGUUCUGGAUUAUAUUCAUCAUCGGUUACGUCACGGGGUACUACGUACACAAGUGCAAGAAAGUGUAG